AUGGGUGGUGCACCUUCUUUCAAGCCAUUCAACCUCACAUUACCCUUCUUCCCUAUCAUCAUCCUCACCAUCACCACCCUCAUUCUAAUUGCAGGGGCUGACAAUGAUUCCAGCGAAGACCCUCCUCCACUUGAAGAUAAUAACGGUGCCACCACGCCACCCCAGGUUAUGCCAGCGCCGGCUCAUCGUCGGAAACCGGAGGGGCCCGUCAGGCCAAGCACCGCCGUAGUAAUGGGCGUCUUGAUCACCACGUUUUCUCUAACUUUCCUCCUCCUUCUCUACAUUAAGCACUGCAAUGGCGGGCACAUCUUCACCGCAAGCGACCCAAAUUCCCAAGGGGCCCCACCCUCUCAUGAAAGGAAGAACUCCGGCAUUGAACGCGCCGUAGUUGAAUCGUUACCGGUUUUCAGAUUCGGAUCGCUGAGGGGACAAAAAGGCGGGCUCGAUUGCGCGGUUUGUCUUGCAAGGUUCGAGGACAUUGAGGUUCUCCGGUUGCUACCGAAAUGCAAACACGCGUUCCACCUCGAAUGUGUGGACACGUGGCUCGACGCGCAUUCCACUUGCCCGCUUUGUCGCUACAAGGUCGACCCUGAAGACAUUGUUCUGGUGGAGACGAAGGUUCCGCCGCCGCCACAACAAAACGAGGAGGAAGAAGUAAUCGACAUCGAGAGGGGAAGAAAUAACAACAACAACGUUACAACACAACCAGACAAUUUCAACUCGUCGGUGGGAGAGAGAGACGGUGAAUUCUUACAGGUUAUUUUGCAGACACCAAACGAACAGGGGCAGGAGGAGGGGAAGCAGGGACAGAACACGGAAACGUCGUCGUUGAGGAAAACAAAGAGCGAGGGCGUUGGGUGCUUUGUCCGUGCUCCCAGAAAAGACGGAACGUUAUUGACACAAGACGGCGACAGGACAAGCGCGGAACACAGGUUAGAGCACCGUAUCAUUGUCUCCCCUGGUGGGCCCCACCACCAACAACAACGGUGGAGCGAUGUUCACGCGUCUGAUCUGCUGUACCUGACCUCAGAGAUGAUCAUCAGCGACGCUCCUUCCACGCGCGGUGGAAGGAGAACCGUGCGGGAGCGCAACCGUAAUGUCGAGGGCGAGAUGGAGAACGGUGGGAGAGGAGUGAUGAAUUUGAGGAGUGUGUCGGCGAUGACGGGGUUGAGCAGGUUCAUGAGUAGGGAGAGAGAGAGGGAAGGACAGCGUGGUGGUGGUGGGGAAGAACAAGAGGGAGUGGUUUCGAGGUGGUUGGGUUGGAUAUCCAAGCCUCAGCCACGGGGAGAUGUACGGUAG